UCCCUUUUCCCCGAGGCAUCCUGGGAAAUGUAGUCCUCUCAGGAGGAGGAGGGAACUUCCCUGAGCAGUCCUGGGCGGUGAGCGGGAGGACGGGCAGCGGAGUCGAGUCCAGCUCCAACCCCAGCCCGGGGAUUGCGAUCGCCUCCUCGGGAGCCAUGGACCAGGCAACUGCCACCCCCGCGGUGUCGAUCCGGCCGUCGCGAGCCGACGACUGCGCGGAGAUCGUGCGCAUGAUUCGGGAACUUGCAGAGUUUGAGAAUCUUCCUGAGCAGGUAGAAAUUAGUGAUCAAGGACUUUGCAAAGACGGCUUCAGCCAGGACCCUUUUUAUAAAUGUGUGGUCGCUGAGGUCCCACCCCAGUGCCGAAGCAAAGAUGGCCACACCAUCGUAGGCUACAGCCUUUAUUUUUUCACUUACAGCACUUGGAAAGGCAGGAACAUCUACAUGGAAGAUCUCUAUGUGAUGCCAGAAUUUCGGGGGAAAGGCAUCGGGAAGAAACUCUUGAGCACAAUUGCAGAGAUCGGCUUGGGAAAGGGGUGCACCCAGUUGAAGUUUGCAGCGCUGGACUGGAAUCGCUCUGCCAUCGACUUCUAUCUGGGCAAAGGGGCCGUGGACCUGACAGCCACAGAGGGCUGGCACAUGUUCCGCUUCGAAGCAGAUGCCAUGCGGCGGCUGGCAGGCGGGCAGUGGGACAACUGAGCCACACUCGGAGUGAGGGCCCGGGUACAAGGUUCAGAGGGGCCUGCACCAUGUUGCAGAGAUCUCCCCGCUUGCCGGCUCUUGGAGAACUCCACCUCUUCCUGGCCUCCUUGCUUUCCACCACACCAGUCCCGAUGGGCACCAGCCGCCUCCGAGGCUUCAUGGUGUAACAAUCAAAUAGAAAUAAAUGUGUAUAUAUAUAUAUUGUUGUUGUUAUGUGCCUUCAAGUCGAGUACGACUUCUGGCAACCCUAAGAAUCAGAGACCUCCAAUAGCAUCUGUCGUGAACCACCCUGUUCAGAUCUUGUAAGUUCAGGUCUGUGGCUUCCUUGAUGGAAUCAACCCAUCUCUUGUUUGGCUUUCCUCUUUUUCUACUUCCUUCUGUUUUUCUUAGCAUUAUGGUCUUUUCUAGUGAAUCAGGUCUUCUCAUGAUGUGUCCAAAGUAUGAAACUGAGGUUAUCAUACUUUGGACACUUAAUGAGAAGACAUGAUGGUCCUUCCCAAAGCAGUAUUGAUCCAUAUGCAGUGCCCUUACACAAGAGUCAGUCCAUUAGCACAUCUAGCACUGGGCAGGCGGGGGCUGAUGGGAGUUGUAGUCCAAAACAUCUGGAGGGUUGGCAAAUUUGCCAGGUUGGCAAAGGCUGGCAUGCUCUCAUGCAGCAGCUCUCCCGUGUCCCAGGCAGAUAAAGAACUUUUUCAUCGGCUCCUCUGCAAUCCUUUCAGCAGGGCAGGCAGGGACUGAACCACCUGCAACCCUCUGCGUGCAAAGCACAUAUCCUUCCACUGAGCCACUGGCCUGUCCCAGCGCAUUCCAUGGUGGGGGGGAGUCGGAAGCCAGGGCCCUCUCUGCAGCCGGUUGUGGUCACAGCCGGAUAAGGAGGACAAACUUAUUUAUCCCUUCUAGUUUCUCAUUUUUCCUACUUUUAAAUUGGGCUCCCAUUUCUGCAGCAACUUGCAGUAUUUCUCUUUUAAAUCCUCAUGCAAAUUCGUCAGCACGUUCAUGCAGAAUUUCCCUAACAAACACAUUUUGUGUGUGUUGUUCUGACUAAUAUGCCUGGGCUCCUACUGGGAGGAAGGGCGAGAGAUGAAUCUAAUAAAUAAAUAAUAAAUAAUAUGCACGGUUUUAAAGCAGUUCUCCACAACGCAAUGCAUUUUUGUCUGUUAUUUUCACUAAUAUAUGCAUUUUUACAUACACCUUUUCCUAAUAUAUACUUUUUUUCUUUUUAGCAUGACGUUUGGUUGAAAAACUGCAUCACAAAAUUCACAGAAGUGUGAAUUUCAAAAGAUCGCUGUGUUUUGGUUCGCAUAUUGAUUUGAGAAGUGGGAAUUCGGGACUGGUUUCUCAUUUCGAAGUGCAGACAAAAUCGACUUUCUCCCCCACCCCUCACCAUAAGAUAACAAUCAGGGAAGCAAAGCUGGUCCUGCCUAUGGGACUACCACUCCAUGGCUACCUUCCUUCACAUAAUAAACAUUUUUAUUUGUGCAAGA